AUGCUACUGGUCACACUGGCUGAAACGACUCGGGACAUCGUUCGCGUGGCUGCUGCGCGCUGUGAAAAGCAAAGAAGCCAAAAAGCAAGGGCAAAUCGCAUCGCCAGAAGCACAAAACGUUGCUCCAUUUAGAAAAAACAACCCAGUGUGCUGUCUUUCCCCGCCGCCGAACUUCUAAAACUUCAUAACCCAACAAAAAAAACUUUUGUUUAAAUCCAAUAAAGAGUGAAGAAUAAUCUCAAAUUUUAACCAAGUGCGGAUCAAGAAAAAAAAAGAACUAAAGACCGACACAAAAAAAAAAAAGAAAAGAAAAACGCCGAGCGCCGCAAAAUGAGUGGGGAUGUGGCUGCCGAGAAUGUAAGUGCCCGAAAAAAAAUCUUUCCUUUUUAUGUAAUUUAACGAAGGCCAAACAGGAGGAAAGUGCAAACGUGUUGAAUAGGGAGCCUGCCGCAAAGAAAAAAACAGAAAAUGAGUACAAAAUUCGGAGUACAACGAAUAGUUGCAAGUGUACCGCUUGCACUUGGCAGCGCAGUCGACGUCGCUGCCAGCAGAGUGCGUAAAAUGCAAGCAAAAAAAACUAGCAGAGAGAAAAAAAGUAGAGGUCUUUUGGUAAUUGACGAAAAUGGCGACAAUGCAAGUGGCAAAAGGCAAAGGAGCGGACAAUGGAGAGAGGGGAAAAGCCGAAGCAGACGAAAUGUAUUUGGCACAGUGUGGCCGCAGCUUAAAUACCAAAACUGGUAUUUCCGUAGUCAUUAAAACUUCUGUUUUUCUUGAUUUUCCGGACUUUAUUCUAAUAUAAACUCUUAAAUUCAUUUUUCUAUGAUUUUAGGUAUCCCUUGCUUUAUUUAUUUACGUUCAACAUCUUGUUUUCAUUGUUUUCUUCUUUAUCAAUUACAAAGACGGUCACACAGACAUUUUCACACACAAAAAAUCACAUGUGUUUGUUGUUUUUGUCGCCCUGUAGCGUUUAUGUGUGUAAUUGCAAGUGUCCCAUUUUGCAAUUACAUUUAUAUGUGCUCAUACAAAUAUGUAUAUAUACGUAUAUAUGUUUUUUUUUUAUAUGCCGUCUGAUAAGAAAGAUUUGCCACCCCAAAAAAAUAACAAAAGUACUUACUAAAUAAUAUGCUGCAACGAGAACAAAAACAACAACCCUGUGUGUGCAUGUGUAACAUCCACAUACAAAAUGGUGGCAGCUGUGAGGUGGUUCAAUCCAACGGGGUGACCACCAACGGCCAUGGGCACCACCAUCACCACAGCAGCAGCAGCGGGAGUAGCAGCAGCAAGCAUAAAUCCUCCAGCAAGGACAAGCACCGUGAUAAGGACAGGGAGCAUAAGAGUUCCGGAUCCUCCAGCUCGUCCAAGGAUCACAAGAGUAGCAGCCGAGACAAGGAUCGGCAUAAGAGCAGCAGCAGCUCGUCGUCUAAGCAUCGGGACAAGGACGGUAGCAGCAACUCGCAUCGCAGCAGCUCCUCAUCCAGCCACAAAGACAAGGAUGGGAGCAGUAGCAGUAGCAAGCACAAGUCCUCGUCAUCAUCAUCGUCCUCCCAUCAUAAGAGCUCUUCGAAGGACAAAGAGCGACGGGACAAGGACAAAGAUCGCAGCAGCAGCUCAUCCAGCAGGCACAAGUCUUCUUCGUCCUCGUCUAGCUCCCGUGAUAAGGAGCGCAGCAGCAGCAGCAGUCACAAGAGCUCCUCAUCAUCAUCCUCAUCGAAGAGUAAACAUUCCAGUUCGCGGCAUAGCAGCUCGUCAUCUUCGAAGGAACCGCCAUCCUAUGAUGGAGUGUUUGUCAAGCCGGAGCCUGUUUCACAGCCGUUGAUGCACCCUGUCGAUCCCUUCCAAAUGCAACAGCUUGGCUAUGAAAACGCAGCUGCUAUCAAUUGUAAUGGUAAUGGCAACGAUGGCGGAAUCAACUACAAGAACGGCUACGAAGAAUCGAUUGUGGACAUCAAGAAAGAGGACGAGAGCUUCAACAAUCUGUCGCAGGCCAGCUCUUGUGAUUACUCCAUGUCCCAGUUUCGUGUCGAUGAACCGCCGUUCGAGGUGAAGCACGAGCAGAGCUAUAUUGAAGAGGAUAGCACCAUGAACGACAAUGAUCAGGAUGAUGAGGCCGAUGGGGUCGACGAGGAGAAUGAUGAGGAGGAUGUGCCAUUGGCCAUGCGUAAGCGCAAGCAGGAGGCACCUGAUCACGGCGGUAUGGAUGACGACGACGACGACAUUCCGCUGCUGGCGCGUAAAAAGAUCAAAAAGGAGCCCAAGGUUAAGACAAAGAAGAAGCGGGUCAAGGAAGAACCUGAAGACGAUUAUGGCAGUGUCAAGCCCAAAAAGAAAAAGAUCAAAAAGGAGGCCGAUGUCAAGACCGAGGUCGUAUCCCCCACCAAACGCCAGAAGGUCAAGGAGGAGGAAGAGGAGGUGUGGAGAUGGUGGGAAGAGGAGAAACGCGAAGAUGGCGUCAAAUGGUCAACUUUGGAGCAUAAGGGACCCGUGUUCGCUCCGCCGUACGAGCGAGUGCCUCGCAAUGUCCGGUUCUUCUACGAUGGCAAACCGCUUGAACUUUCCGAAGAAACGGAAGAAGCGGCCACCUUCUAUGCCAAGAUGUUGAAUCAUGACUACUGCACCAAGGAUGUGUUCAACAACAAUUUCUUCAAGGACUUCCGCAAGUCUAUGACGUCUAAGGAGAAGGAGAUUAUCAAGGAUUUCCGCAAGUGUAACUUCGAGGAGAUGUUUAACUACUUCCAGGCAGAGUCCGAGAAGCGCAAGGCGGCCACCAAGGAGGAAAAACUGGUCAAGAAGAACGAGAAUGAGGCGCUGAUUAAGGAAUAUGGAUUCUGUAUGAUUGAUGGACACAAGGAAAAGAUCGGAAACUUCCGUCUCGAACCGCCGGGCCUUUUCCGUGGUCGUGGCGAGCAUCCCAAAAUGGGCAUGAUCAAGCGGCGAAUCCAUGCAAGCGAUGUGUCUAUCAAUUGUGGCAAGGACUCGAAAGUGCCGUCCCCACCGGGCGGAUCACGCUGGAAGGAAGUGCGCCACGAUAACACUGUCACCUGGCUGGCCUCCUGGAUCGAAAACGUACAGGGUCAAGUUAAGUACAUUAUGCUGAAUCCCUCUUCAAAACUGAAGGGUGAGAAGGAUCACAUUAAGUACGAGACAGCGAGACGCCUGGACAAGGUGAUCGAUAAGAUCCGCGCCACCUAUCGCGACGAAUGGAAGUCGAAGGAGAUGAGGGUUCGGCAGCGGGCGGUGGCAUUGUACUUUAUCGACAAACUGGCGCUGAGAGCAGGCAACGAAAAGGAUGAAGAUCAGGCGGAUACUGUGGGCUGUUGCUCACUGCGCGUUGAGCACGUCCAGCUGCACAAGGAACUCAAUGGGAAGGAAAACGUGGUGGUAUUCGAUUUUCCCGGUAAGGAUUCCAUUCGCUACUACAACGAGGUCGAGGUGGAAAAGCGCGUCUUUAAGAACCUCGAACUGUUUAUGGAGCACAAAAAGGAUGGCGAUGACCUCUUCGAUCGACUCAACACCCAGGUGCUUAACGAGCAUCUCAAAGAACUGAUGGAAGGUCUUACGGCCAAGGUAUUCCGUACGUAUAACGCUUCAAAAACCCUACAAAGCCAACUGGAUCUUCUCACCGAUCCGAGUGCUACGGUGCCGGAAAAGCUGUUGGCCUACAAUCGCGCCAAUCGUGCCGUGGCCAUUCUCUGUAACCAUCAGCGUUCCGUGCCCAAAGGCCACGAAAAAUCAAUGGAGAACCUUAAAGAGAAGAUUAAGGCCAAGCGAGAUGCCAUCGAUGAUUGCGAAUCGGAAUAUUAUGAUAUGAAGAAGGCUGCCAAACGUGGUUCCGUUAAGGAGAAGGUUAUUGCCGACAAGAAGGGAAAGCAGCUGGAGCGGCUGAAGGACCAGCUGAAGAAACUAGAAUUACAAGAGACUGAUAGAGACGAGAAUAAGACCAUUGCCCUGGGCACAUCUAAGCUAAACUAUCUCGAUCCACGCAUAUCGGUGGCUUGGUGUAAAAAGCAUGGAGUGCCGAUCGAGAAGAUAUUUAACAAAACGCAAAGAACCAAAUUUCUGUGGGCCGUGCAUAUGGCCGAUGAGAAUUAUCGUUUUUAAAUGGGUUCUCGUCACAGGCACGCACACAGACACAAAAAUAAUAUAAAAAUAGAGAGUAGACAGCGCAGGUUGAAAAACUAGAAACCGCGAAGAACCACACCCACCACAAGGCCGGUUUAUAGAUUUCAGAUUAUCUUUACCCAAUACUCUAUCCAAGAGUUUAUGCAAUAGUUAGUGCAUAUGUCCAGCUUUUGGUCGAGGGCAUUUUCGUAUGAUGAUGAUCCUUCAAAAAGAGUGAGAUAGGUGGACCGUUGGUCUGGAAUCUGCUUUGUCUGCUGCGUUUGUUUUUUCUGCUUUAAAUUGUUUGAGUUCGAUUGUUUUUUUAAGUGCGCACUACGCUGAAGUCUAACUUGCGAAAUGUGCACAGCAAACACACAAGCGCUCACACUUCUAAAUCGAUACACAUACAUAUAUAUAUUUAUAUCAAACACGAUAUAUAUAUAUAUGUAUAUAUAUUUAUAAGAAAAAAAAAUUGGUUAAAUAGAGAAACACCAAGAGAAGAAGAGAAACCUGUGCAAGACGUCGCCACCAACUAAAAACAAAAUAUGAACAUAAUUUUCUAUGUUACCGUCUACAAAAGCAACAUUUUUUUUUUAUCUCUUACAUAUUUUAAUUUUAUAUAUUAACUUAAUACAUGAGAAAAACUAUAUUAAAAAAAAAAAGGUGUAAACUAUAAUAGAAACAAACAAAACGCAAGCAAACGAAAAUGAUACAAUUAAAAGGUUUUUUUUAUGUUUACAUAUAGUUGAUUUUUGUUUAGCGAAAAAUGUCUUUCACUAUUAAUUAAUUAAUUAAUUAAUUCUACGAUUACUACGAUUACAUAUUUAAGUGCUAAUUGAACAGAGAAACCAUGUAGCCCAACUUUUUAGCAUAGCAUAAUUUAUUCAAUUCUACUCUGAACCAGCGCAAUUUACCGCCUACCGACAGCCCUAUACCUUAUACAACACCCUCUUCCCCAUUUAAAAAAAAAAAAGAAAACGAACAACAAUAUCUUUUUAGAGGUCGAAGUGGUUUUGUUUUGUACCUUAUGAUUUUAGUAAAAAUUUAAAUAAACAAAUGCUUAAAUCA